GUUGAGAAAGAAAAACCCCGAUUUCCAGGACCUCGGAUAACCAGACCUUCUUAUCCUCGGCGCAGCGAUGGCUUUCAAGCGAAUGACUGUUCCCUCGGCCUACAUUUGAAACAACAAAACUGUCGCAAGGGGUUCUAACACAGCAUGGAUGGACUGAGGAAGCUAGAGAGCCUAGCAGGGAGGGUGGCCGCAAUGGAUCUAAGGGACGGUCCUUCUACGGACGUUCCGAUAGUACUUGUCCCGGGAUUCUCAGGUUGGGGGUCGCCCCUAUUCGGCGCUGUCAAUUACUGGGGCGGAAUUAAGAAUAUUCCGCAAAUCCUCGCGAAUGACGGCCACACAGUAAUCUUGGCACCAGUUGGGCCGUUAUCAUCUAACUGGGAGCGGGCAUGCGAGUUAUACGCACAGCUUAGCUCUUCCAGGUUUACGCAGUAUAAUCUGGAGACGAACGAAAUCGAAGGAGAGCCUAAGGUCAUCGAUGUCGACUACGGGGACGUGUUCCCCACCCGGCACCGAUAUGAGUCGGUAGCCCGCGGCCAAAGGGCCGCAAUUCUCUACACACAGGAGCCUCAGUGGCAGAAUUGGACCUGGGGUGAGCAUAGUCCCGCUCAUUUUAUUUGCCAUUCCCAGGGUGGAAAUACAGUCCGAUACUUGCUCCAUCUCAUGGAGCAUUGCACAGAAAAUUCGGAGCAGACUUUGCCGCACCCAAGAUACUUCAACACACCACGGCGCAGCAAGUGGGCUAUUUCCGUUUCAACAGUUGGGACUCCACAUAGAGGUACAACGGUAGUAGACGCUCUAUGGAACCUCUCCAGGCAUUUAGAUCUUCCCGAACAGACUCGAUUACUAGGUCGAUUGUUCGCAGUACUGUCCUUUAAGGACCAGCACCGCAGAACGUACGACCUCCAGCUUGACCACUGGGGCAUCAAGAGAGGCACUAGAAGAAACCGAAAUGAAACUUUCUCAGAAAUGCGAGAGCGACUGGAAUCUUCGGUUUGGCAAGCAAAUCCCGGACCAGUGCGCCGGUGGAUUGAAUCAAAUCACAACGCCCUCUACGAUAACAGCGUGAUGGGAGUAAACGAACUGAACGAUAAGACGAUUCCAGCAUCAAACGACGUAUACUACUUCAGUCUGUCGUUUAGCUGUGUGGAGCCAUUUCCACCAGAUUGGCCAUCUUGGACAUUAGAGGCUAUACAGGAGUUCCCCUUGACUAUCACUCGGUUUCUCGAGGAGCUGCCAAUCAUCGGCAAUAUCGACAAGACGAUUCAAGAUGGCCUGAACCAUAUCCCAUUCCUCGGUGCUUUCUAUUCGGAAUUUCACAAGUUCAGCUUCGGCCUGGCUACACAAAUUGCUCAAGGGAUUAUUAGUGUCGCCACGAACGUACCUGGCGGAUGGCGUAUCGUCUCAAAUGUAGUCGAUAUACGCGAAGCCACGAGGUGGCUGGUCGACAAGGUCCUAAACCGUUUCAUACAGGAAGUCGGUUACAAUGUUAGGGUUCCGCCACCUGGGGAUUAUCUCCCGAUAGCGAGCGUCCUUCCGCUCAUGUUCCCAACAGCGUACGCCAUCAGUUCCCAGGAACUAAGCGAUGAUCAACGGCAAAUCCUAAGAGACGACUCAGAGGACUGGAAGGUCAACGAUGGGAUUGUCAAUACAGCCUCUAUGAAAGGUCCUCUUAAUCGAAACGGAGACAUUCCCGCGAAUCGGGGCAGAAGUCUCAUUGUCGACGCUUGUGACUUUCCCAGACUUCCAGAACAAGUCGCAAAUGCAAGAGGAAAAUACUGGCACUUUGGCACCACCGACGGUAUGGAUCAUGCCGAUGAGAUUGGCAUCUGGAUUGAAAGUGAUACAGGAAAAAAAGUGGCAUCCAUGUACACGGAUCUUGUGACGAUUGUAUCUCACCUCUUAGCUUCUCACCUGCCUCGAGCAGGGAGGCGACUAAGCAGUGAUGAACUACCCACCCCCGGGAGUUUCUUUCGCGUUCUUGGUUGGCUUCGACAGAGAUUCAGGUCCUCAUCGCUAAGGUGAAGAACGACAUCAAGAACCUAUCUAUUCAUCUCUAUAUGCCUUUCUACUUCAUCUGGGCAAGAAGCCGGAGGCUUGAUCGUCCUGCGAUAGUCCACCCACGGCAUCCCCACACUUGCCUGGACAUUCCCGGGACAUAAUAAGCUUCUUUCAGGACGACGAACGUAAAGUAAAGACUCCCCGACCGCCGUAUGAUCAGGCCAGUUGGAAAGUGCUCGGUGCAGAGUCGUAUUGGCUGUGUAUCUGAUCUCUUAGAGCCAUCAAUCCAUCUUGAUUCGACAAUGUUCCUGCCAGCACAUCGUGAGCACGAGAUAAAUCAGACGCAGUGCCCCGUGGUAUGAUCCCCACAUGCAUUUUAAGACGUCGGACCCACUUGAUUCAGCUGAGCCACUGACAUUUUGGGUACGGA